AUGGCGAGAGCGGGCCCUGCCUGUGUGUCCGUGGGCGAGUGUGGGGGAGACUCCACCCCGCUGCACCUGACCCCGGGAGAGGGGUCACCGAGAGGCUGCCCUGCGGGCUGCUGUCCCCAGAUCCUGGCUGCAGGACCUGAUCAGGUGGCUAUAGAGCGGCUCAGUCCUUCAGGCAACUCUGGGGGUCACCAUGGAGACCCUGGCCCUGGAACCAGCGCAGAUGUUUGGACACUGAGAGGCGAUGUCGACCCUGAGACUGUAUUAGAUUGUGCCGGAUCUGAGGCCCUCUCCCACCCUAUACCUGCCCGGUCUUCUCCGACUUCCGACUGUGCCGCGGCUCCGGACCCUGCUCUUUCUCCCAAAGAGACUCCCCAGGAUAAGUCAGACUGGGGACCCCUGGAAGCCAGAUCUGAGGAACUGGUGACUUUCAAGGAGGUGGCUGUAGACUUCACCCAGGAGGAGUGGGGUCAGCUGGACGCUCCUCAAAGGGCUCUGUAUAAGGAAGUAAUGCUGGAGAACUACCAGAACCUUCUUGCUCCGGGAGCAGGGCCUCCACCCCACCAACCAGAUGUGAUCUCCCCGGGAAGAGCUCAGGAAAAGCCCAAGAGAGGUUUGUCCAGUCUUUUACAGAGUGGAAGGCGGAGCCUGAGGUGAUGGAGGAGGGUGUUUACAAAACAGGGCUGUCUCAGAAGCAGCUGAAGAGGCCAGGUCGCUGGAGAGCCAGCUUGGGUAAUGCCGGACCGGACUGGACCAGACCGGACCGUGUUAGGGAGCAAGGCUGCGCCGUGGAAGCCUGCUCCUGCUGUCAAUGUCCCCCGGGGGCGCCCUUUCUCCUCCCAGCAAGGCACUCCCCCAGAACACUCACCCGCCAGAUGCAGCAAAGACACCCGUCCACCGAGGGACUGACCCGGAACCACCAGAGGACACGCUUGCCGUCAGGAGAGCACGGGCGGCCUUGGGUGGGCGCUGACACCGAGGAGAGCAUGUUUGCAUGCAGCCAGUGUGGGAAGGGAUUCCUGCAGAGCUCGGCCCUGGCGCUGCACUGGCGCCCGCACAGCCGCGACAAGGCCUUCCCCUGGGGCACCAGGAGCACCAGCGCAGCCCCACCGGCGGCGGCGGCGAGAAGCCCUUCCUCUGCGGUGAGUGUGGCAAGGCUUUCAGCUGCCACUCAUCUCUCAUGGUGCACCAGCGCGUCCACACCGGCGAGAAGCCUUACAGAUGCCCCCAGUGUGGCCAGGCCUUCAGCCAGAACCACUGUCUUACCAAACACCAGAAGGUUCACUCCAGAGAGAAGGCUUCGGCGGGCACGCAGUGAGUGCGGGGAGGCUUUCCGCUGGAGCUCACACCCCAGAAACCUUUCACCAUCCAGCUCAGUAGGCGCCUCCUGAGCACCUACUCCUUGCCUAGACGCCUGCUAGGUGCAGGGAACACCCAGGCGACUGCCACGGACUCCAUAAACACCUUGGGUAUUGCGAAGCUCUUGUGUGCGGUACAGCCUCCAGAUGGUGGAAACUGCCCUCUGGAGAACAAACCUGUCAAUCCGAGUGACACUAACUAGCUAUUUCCCCAAUUACCCGAGUAAUGUCUCAUCAACUCUCUAGGCUCUCAGAACCAGACUGCUGUCCCUCAAAGGCCUGGCCUUGAUUCCCUCCUACCAGAUAAAGUUCCCUCCCCCACCCCCACCUCCCCCACCCCCAGUCCCCUCCAUCCCCGCCCCGGAAGGGAGAAGCGCAGAAGAGAUCUGAAGUCAUCUCACCAUCGUGCCUUCCUUGGGGCCAGUGGUCACUGAGACGGGGUUGGGGUAGAGGGGGUUCACGCAGCCUAGGCUGGUCUGUACAGUCGAGGAGGCCCUUGAAGAUCCUAUUCAGUCCCCUUGUCUCAGCCUCUCACGUACUGAGGUGACAGGCCUGUGUGAGCUGCCACACCUGGUUAUGCUUCGCCAGGCAGGGGUAGAAUCCGGGCUUCGGGGCGGCGUGCUAAACAAGCUCUGUCCCAGCCUGCAGACUGUACCUGUCUGGUUUAGUCUUUUGAGACAGGGACUCUGGGUAGCACCGGCUGUCCUGGAGGUCACUUGGUAGACCGGCCUGCCUCUGCCCCCGGAAGCUGGGAUUAAAGGUGUGUGCUACCACACCCAGCUAAAUCUUUCCGUGAAAAGGUGGGUGGAGAGGCAGUUUGCGGAGGUGUAACUCAAUGGUAGAGCAAGCCAGGGAAAGAAAGUCCAAGUCGUCUAGACCGGCUGCAAACUCCUGAUCCUCCCACAUCUGCAUUUCAGGUGUGCACCACCACGCUCAGCUUUAAAAAAAAAAACAGGAACUGAAAGUGAGACUUAUCUCAGCUGUGCCCGGCACGGGCUCAGGCCCAGCACUGAAGACUGAGCAGCCGGAAUCUGUGGUCAGCCUGCCGCUUACACUCUCAUGGGCCGCCUUCUGCUGUGCUCCUGUGAACACUGAAAUUACUCUCAGUAUAGUUGAUCGUUUAUUCAUGUUGCAGGAGUGUAUGUGUGUGCGCACAUGUGUGUGUAUAUGUAUAUGUGCAUGCAUUUGUGUAUGCACGUGCCUGCCAUGUGUGCCCACACAUUUGUGGAGGCUGGAGGUUGAUGUUGGGGGUCGUUCUUUAUUGAUCUCACCAUUUUUUUUUUUUGUUUGUUUGUUUUUUGUUUUU